UUCCCUGCUCGAUUGAAAAGAAGUAACACAUCUAUUAUUACAAAUGAUAAAAUGAAUGAAUCUUCAGAAAGUCAACCUAGUGCGUUUGAAACAUUUAAUGUUUAUGAAGACAAGCAACAGGACUGUCUCGAAGCAGAUGUUCCUGAUGUUAUUCCAUUGACAUCGAGUAAUGUUGCAGAUCUCUCCAUUCCUACCCAUUCAAAGAAAAUAUGUAACGAAGAUAUUAAUGAAGUUGAACGAUUAAAUAAUAAUUGUGAACAAUUAAAGAAACAGCUGGAGGAAGCAAAUAAAAAAGUGGAUUUGGCCAAUAAAAUUAUAUUGAAAAGUAACAUAUCCAACAAUGUCUUAAAAAAGCAUAUUAAGAGGUUGACACAAAUGAAAAACAAUUCAAAAACCCAGCACAAUUAUGUGAAAUUGAAAUCAUCACUGAAGCAAAUAUUUAAUGAUGACCAAAUAGAAGCUCUCGAGCGUCGAUCCUCACGCGGCCACAAGUGGUCUAACGAUACGAUAAAAAAAGCACUUCGAUUAAAGUUUUCCUGUGGUUCCAGUGGAUAUCAAGAAUUACUGAAGGAAAAACUGCCUCUACCAUGCGAACGUACCCUUCGAAGGAAAUUGGAAAGUAUUCAAUUUGAGGAGGGAAUUUGUGACGAUAUUUUUAAAUUAUUACAAGACAAAGUUGCUCAAUUUAAAGACGUUAGAGAAAAAGAUUGCUCACUUGUACUAGACGAAAUGUCUAUUGCUCCAGGUCAACAAUUUGAUCCAUCCACACAUUUGGAUCAGCGUUCGCACGGACAUGGUUCGUGUAUCUAUCGAGGGGACGAGUUAAUGAUUUCUCCAUUUGAUCCGGAGAAGGAUGAUUUGAUGAUCGACAAAUGGAUCAAGCACGUGGAUGAGCUAUCCGCGCAGUACGGUUGCGAUGGCCGAGCGAUCAUGAGGCUAAUUCCAAGCAGAUUAAAAGGGCACGCUCACCAAUGGUACGAUACACGGCCUCAGCUAGCCGUUACAUGGGCGGAAACGAAGGAAGAGCUGACGCAACAGUUUCGUAAGGUCUCUGCGAAGUUAGUACCUCUACUUCAAAAAUCGGAAAUUUUAUUAAUAGUACCGUUGAUUUAG